AUGGAAGAGAUCAACAACUACAUCUAUAAAAUUUUCCAGCAAAAAACCGAAUCCGACAGGAAACCAGUGAAAGUGGCCACAGUUUUCAUCCGGCAAUACGACGGCGCAGAGGCCAUAACCUACGGCGAGACCGUCAACGUCAGUGCACUCUACUUACAAGGGUACCAAGGGAACCUCAAAUGGGAGUACACAUCUCUCCUCCACCACGAGCUCACGCAUGUUUUCCAGUGGGACGGCGAGGGGCAGGCGCAGAUAGGCCUCGUUGGGGGGAUGGCUGAUUACAUGAUACUUGCGUCCAACUAUUAUCCCGAGGGAUUCGCGAGUCGCGGGAUGGGGCAGAGGUGGGACCAGGGCUAUGAUUUCACGGCGAGGUUCUUGGAGUAUUGUGAGGGGCUGAAACCGGGGUUUGUGGCGGCGUUGAAUAAGAAGAUGAGGCAUAAUUUUUCUGAGAGUUUCUUUGUGGAGUUGUUGGGGAAGCCGGUGGCGCAGCUAUGGUCGGAGUAUAAGGCUAAAUAUGGGAAUAUUCAUUCUACUGUUUUAAAGAAGAAUAAAUUGAAUAAUUGA